UCGCCAAGAACGACUGAAGCGUGCACCACCUGAUCUGAACUGCAGAACAUCGGACCUCAGAACUUCAGGACUGACUGGGUUACCUGUUUGGGUGCAGCAGCUCCGUGUUCAGCGUGAUGGGCUCGCGCUUCCUGUGCUCGUGCUGCACCAGAUAAAGCGCGUUAUCGGCCUCCUGCCCCCCGCGGGCACGCGGACACCCACCAGGGGCAGCGGCAGCGCGCGGGCGGAGGAGAAAGAGUUGGGGGUGCACGGGGGCGGGGCCAGUCCCUUUAAAGCACCUGUCUGAACAGGGGAGCAGCAGCACCUGGCAGGCGGGCGGAGGAAGCGGCACAUGCGCAGAGCGGGGCCGGACUGCUUUAAUAGAGGUGCAGCGCGUGGACCGAGGAGAGCACGAGCGCCGGAGAGAGAGAGAGAGAGACUGAGAGAGAGAGAGAGAGAGAGAGAGAGACACAGUAUCGGACAGGAUGCCGCGCUCGUUUCUGGUGAAGAGUAAAAAGGCGCACAGCUACCACACACCGCGCAGCGCCGAGCCCGACUACCGGACACUGGACGCGCUGAUCGCGCACAUCUGCACAGACAGUAAGCUAGGGGAGGUACCGGAGGAGGGCUGUCUGGACGGACGCUCGGACCCUGCUGGAGCCUUCACCCCAGACCCCGCUGACCUCUGCUCCAGGUCCCCCCCACUCAGCUGUGGUGGAAGUGUUUGUGACCGAUCCUCAGACUAUGAGGACUACUGGCGCCCGCCCUCACCCUCUGUAUCGCCAGCAGACUCUGAGAAAUCCUUCUCUCCCUGUGUGGAUGAAACCCGACCGUUUGCCGUCCCGUUUGGGGCAUACCCAUGGAGCUUCACCCAUCACCAUCACUCACUUGACCCAGAGCAGAGUUUUUAUACUGACAGAGUGGCAGAACCCCCUCUGUUCAGUGAGAGAGGACCACCAACUGGAACUAGCAUUUACAGUCAUUAUGAGCCAACUGCAACUCUCUUUGAUCGAACCUCCGCACCUGGACUUUUUGUGGACAGGAACAUCAGAGCAAAUGGGCCUGAGAUGAAGAACGAUGUGACUGGGCUGUGCAGUCGCCUUAUGUUGAAUGGAGCCUUUAAAUGCAUUAAGUGCAGCAAGGUGUUCUCCACACCUCAUGGCCUGGAGGUUCAUGUCCGGAGGUCACACAGUGGCACGAGACCCUAUGCUUGUGACAUCUGUGGGAAAACCUUUGGUCAUGCGGUCAGCCUGGAACAACACAGAGCUGUUCACUCACAGGAAAGAAGUUUCGACUGUAAAAUCUGUGGGAAAAGCUUCAAACGAUCCUCCACCCUGUCCACGCACCUCCUGAUACACUCGGACACUCGACCCUACCCCUGCCAGUACUGCGGCAAGAGGUUCCACCAGAAAUCUGACAUGAAGAAGCACACAUUCAUCCACACAGGUGAGAAGCCGCAUAAGUGUCAGGUGUGUGGGAAAGCGUUCAGUCAGAGCUCCAAUCUGAUAACCCACAGCCGCAAACACACGGGCUUCAAACCCUUCGCCUGCGAGCUCUGCGGGAAGGGCUUCCAGCGCAAGGUCGACCUGCGGAGACACAAGGAGACCCAGCACGGCCUGAAGUGACGGGAACUACCGCCCUCCAUACACGGCAUUUGACACUGUACUCCGUUGAGUUCUGACGGAGCAGUUCUCCUGCGCAGGGAUUGUCUGUUUAUUUGUUAUAGAAGUCCAGAUCAAAUUUCCGAAGUCCUGCGUCAUUCUGUAGUCAGCAUUAUGCCCAAACUGGCACAUUGGUUAUGAACUCUAUUUUACCAUUUUUUUAAUGAAAGCAUACUUUACAUUUCUAUUUCAAUUAGAUAGGACUGUCUGUCAGAACAUUGAUAUAGAAAAUACAUCUGUAUAGGUACAUUUAAUGGAUUUUAAUAGGCAAUUUUUAAUUGUCCGUGAACUUCACAGUGUUAUUAUAACGUGGUGAACAUUUCUACAACGUUUAUGUUCACAUUUUCUCAACAAACUUAAUUAGAAACACUGCCUUUGGUAAUAAGUAAAUAAUACUUUUCACAGCUUUUCAAAAUUCCAAUUAUGUUUUGUUAUACUUUUUUUUUACAAUGGAGAAAAUAACUGAUUUUAUAAUAUGCUGUGACAACGUUAUUUGCCCAAAACAACGUUGUCUCAAUGUAACUGGCUUUCUCAGUUUGGCACCGACUACAGAAUAAUGGCACGACUUCAGUACGAACCAGCGGAGGCUUAUAGCCAAUUAAAAGCAAGCAGAAUUGCUGCUACCCAAUAGCUGCGCCGGAGGCAGAGCCUGUACAAAGAGAGAAAUCCCGCUCUUUAAAAGUUCUGAGGGAUGUAAACGGCCCAGUUUACAGCAGGCUACGAACACUUCCUUCUGUUCCCAAUGUUUUGGAACAGUUUGUGUAUCAUGUGGACUGAGUCAGCAGCAGCCCAGCAGGUCUGGCAGCAUCCAAGAAGCCUAAAAGCCCAAACCUAUAAACACCUCAAAAGCUCCAUGUGAAGUGGACUGUGGACACAGUAAAUUGUGCAAAACACAGACAGUGAACAGUGUUCAGCUACAAGAUAACUUCAAUGUGAGUAGAAAAUAGUGAAUAUUGCUUUAUCUCUACACCGGAAUUAAAGACAGUAAACUUUACCCAACAGUCAACAGCGUGUUUUGGGUACACACAUAUGUAUUUUUGUCAUGGGCAAUACAACACAAUGCAAACAUAACACAAACAUGUUAUGCAAACAUGCAUAAUCGUACAUAUUAUAUUCCUAUUUUACAUUUACAAAAUGAUACAGGAUACAUAUGCUAGGCAUAUGCUACAUUAUUAUAGCUAUUAUUUAGUCCCCGUAAUCUCGCCAUGUAUCACAAAAAUCUUACUUUUAUAAUACUGUUAGUCUAUUCUAAAAGGCAACGAAAUCAUAAAUAAGCUAAUCAUAACUAUAAUGCGCCUUUCGCACCUGCUAUUUUGGUUCGGACCGAAUUUGGAUGGUGUUAAAUUAACACUGAAUGUCAAACUGUAACACUCGCAGUGCUAAUUUAACACUACAGCGCAGAUUGACACUGAUAACUUCACUAAAAUAACCCACUAACCAAUACAGAUGAGUUUUGGGUGUUUGGAUGAAAAAGGACCAAAAUCAUUUUACGAACACUGAAGUAUAAAGUGUGUGAAAGCAUGCGUGUUUUUAUUGCGCAGCUCUGACCGCUGAACCCAAAAUAUUAUCACCAAAAUAAGAGAAAUGCUGGAGGCUCUAUCAGAGAGAGAGAUCAGCUGAGGCGCAGAAAAUCAGCGCAGUGCAGAGUAGGUGCGGGCACAACACACACCUGUACACACACCUCCAGCUAGCUACCUGCGUGAUUUCCCUGUUUGGGGAAGACAGAAGGUUAACUGAUCUGGACACUGGACAAACACUUUCCACACAAACCAGUUGUAUUCCAGUUUUCAUUUUUAUUUAUUUUUAUUCUGUUUAUAAAAAUGAGAUUUGUACACGAGUUGUCUGUGUUUAUGGAGGACGGGAUCUGCGAUGGUCUGCAGGAGUAAAGAUUAAUGUAUUAAAUAUUAUAUGUUUGUUUGAAACAGUAAAAUGUUAUUUAUUGAUGAAAGUGGCUUGAAUAAAAAUUGCUGAAGUUUA